UGAUGAUACUUAUAUUGAGUUUUUUACUAAAUAUUUUCUUGAAAGUAUUCCAGAAGAUUCUAGUGAUGAUGAAGUUCCAGAAAGCGUUUCCGAUAAUACAGUAAAUUCUUUGACUAUAAAACUAGAAGUUGGAUUAACUGGAAGAUAG